CGUUGAGCGGCGUGGUGAGGGUAGGAGCAGACUUAACAACCCCAUUCAUUUAAAAAAUAAUCUCCCAAAGAUUAUUUGAAAAAAAAAAAAAAAAAACGAAACAAAGAAAUGCCUUGUCGAAAGGAGAAAUACAUUCUUUUAGAACAGUCCGUCACCGUGGAUUCAAAAGAGGUGGACGCUCUUGUUACUAAAAUCGGCGAAGCAUUGCAGCUACAUAACAAUGCGAGCGUUAAUCAAAAGGCGAUGUCAUGUCUUCAUAGCCACAACAGCAACGGUAGUAGCAACGCAAAACAGACAAACAGUACCGCGACACUGCAAAGGCGAACUGGGUGCUGUAUUCGACUCCGAAAUCGAGGACUACGAAGCCGGGCCAGUCCAUACAACGUACCAGGAUCCAGUGAUCAGGAAUGGGAUCGAUUUAAAUCAUGGAACCGAAAGACGGCUGACGUUUCAAAAGAAGAAGACGAUCCCCAUCAGUUGCUCCAGGAAUUGAUUUUGUCUGGGAAUCUCAUUAAAGAGGCAGUCAGGCGACUGCAGUUCACUGCGUCGGAACGUGCAGAUCAUUCAAACUCGACCGACAGUAUGCAAUACUAAUGGGACGAGACUAUUUCAUGAAAUGCCAUCUUCAACGUUAAUGACAUGGUGGACUGGUGGAUAAGGACAUGGGAGUGAACAAAGAAACUUAAGUUGGCUGCCUGGACCGGAGACAAAUGUCCUAGCUAGCGAGCGAGCUAGACUAUCUUCAUAAGACUAAAUGUUUAAUGUAGGUAAUGCUAGCGAAUAACAAUGCCAUGCCAACGAGCUAGCUACCUCCUUAGCUACACGUGAAUGCUAAAGAUACUGGCUAGUUAGUUGGCGUGCUCAAACAUUUAGGUGAUUUCUACAAAUUGUUUCAGUUGUUAUUUUGUCUUUUAAAAUAAAUAUCUAGCUAUGUUUAAACUUUUUUUUUUUUUUUUUUUUUUCAUUUUGAACCUAUUCUGGGUUGUUAGCACGCUAGCUAAUCAGCCAACCCCUUUCCCAGGUCUGGGUAGCUGGCACGCCAGCAGGCGAACUUAGUUUGAGAAUAACACUGGCCUUGUUUACAGUAUGAGUUAUCAGGGCGCCUGCUACCUGUAUUUGUUUAGGCUCGCUAAAUUUAAGCGCCCCGCCCCAAGGUCUUCUAAAGCCAACCAUCCCUGGAGUGCACUCAAGAAAGCGAUGAUUUCACUAUCUGGACACAUUUGCCUCAUCUCCGUCGUUGGAACGUCGACCUCCACUGAAGAAGAGGGGGAGGGGGGGCUUGCCAUUUCCAAGACUUAACUGACGUUUCUCAGAACAGAGUGGCCCAAAACAACGGUGGGCUGGACUACGUAGUAGGGGGCUGUGGCCAUAAAGCUGUAUUUUUUUUUGGUGCUUGACCUUUCGAAUUCCGUCGUGGGGUUCAACGGAUUUUGUUUUGUAUUCUGUAAGGUAAUUGACUGUACACUUCGCAACGAAGUAUUUUUUUUUAAACACGUUUCCUGAUUUUUUUUCAGGGCUUCGGUGUCUUAGCUUAAUAAACACGGUGUUUUGCAA